UCCACGCAAACUCAGUACUUGCAUCACCCUCAGACCAUUUAACCCCAGGUGAUAGCAAAACCGCCGGCAUCGCCGGUGAUAUCAGCCACACCUCGCAACCAUUUUACAUCCCCAUCGCUCACCAGUCACCUAAAUUCAUCAUUCAUCAACAUCUCAGGGCAGCUGUCAUGGAGAUCAAGGGACGAGUCGCUCUCGUCACUGGAGCUGCUUCUGGCAUCGGUAGGACAUAUGUCGAGGAACUUUUGAAUCAUGGAGCUACGGUUUCGAUAUGUGAUAUAAAUGCCGAAGAGGGUGAGAAAUUGGCGAACAGUUUGAUGACAAAACAUGGAAAAGAUAAAGUUAUUUUCUGCCAGUGUGACGUCACGGAUUAUCCGCAAUUCGAAGAGUCUUUCAGGACGACUAUUUCAACGUUCGGUCGUAUUGAUAUCGUUAUCAACAACGCCGGCAUAAUGAAUGAUAGAUUCUGGGAGCUGGAGGUCGACAUCAAUCUUAAUGGUGUUAUCAGGGGUACUCUACUCGCCCAACGAUACCUGGGGAUUGAUAAAGGUGGGAGAGGUGGAGUUGUCGUAAAUACUGGGAGUAAUGUAAGUUUAAAUCCGUACAUCAGCGUGCCAAUUUAUUCUGCCACAAAAGCUGCCAUCGUUAGUCUCACAAGGGCCUUCGGGGACAAAUACCACGUGGACUUGACAGGUGUCAGUGUCAUGGCGUUAUGCCCGAGUGCCACUACUGACAGUAAUUUAAUCCGCGAUGUUGGCAAACAAUUACUGUUCCCUCGUUAUGAGGAUGCAUGGCGUCGGGAUACCGCUUCCAGUGUUCCACAAAAAGCUGACCACGUGGGAAAAGCACUGAUUCAUGUUCUAAAUGUCGGAAGAAGUGGCAGCGUAUGGCUAGUAGAAAACAGUCAAUCAGCCCGAGAAGUCAUUUUUCCAAAAUGAGAUAAAUGACAGAGAAACUAAAUUAAUAUCUUCAACUCUACUUAAUUAACAAUUGAUUGGUAAACACGUCCAAGUGACAUUUAUCGCUUUUUACCUGCUGAAUGAAAUUUUAUGCCGUACCAAAUUAAUGGAGUUUUUAUACCGUAUCUGGCUAGAUUAAAUCGCUGACUAGUGCUGAAUCAUUAGCCUGUCAUCGAGAUAAAUUCCCCAUGUUCCGGGGUAUUUCGCAAAUAAGUCCACGUAUGAAAAAAAUUAAUAGAAAAAACCUAGGGUCUCUGUAAAAAUUCUUGUAAAUUCCUGUUGGAACUCUAAAUAUUCUCUUUAAAGAAUUCUAACUCGUCGACAAUUUAAUUAAUUAACAGCACUCUGAGUGAUUAAAAAGAUGAAAAUACGAAAUUCAGAGAAAAGGGAAAUUACGAUUCUCAUAGAGAUGAUUCCAGUGGCGAAAUAACAUUCUCGAAGUUAACAUAAUUCAUUAAAAAGGUGAAUAUUUGGAAAGAAGAAUUUUUCUCAUUUCUCUAUUGAAUUUUUUCAUACAUUCAUCUACGACUCCGCCCAGGUAUCAUUCAUUCUUCGUCUCACCACAGCUUUAUUAUAUUAAAAAAUCAACCCAUAUUUCAUAUGGAACGGGUGAUCUACAUAAUCAUUAAUCAAUCAUAUAGUUGUAAUCGGGACCCUAAGAUAGUAUAAAAAUUGUUGAUAUGAAUUUUGUUCGCAUUGAUCGUCUGUAUGAGUUGCUAGCUUGUUCGAAUAAAGAUUACCUAGUCUUUUA